UUCCUCCAUUUUUCAACUGCCCUGCGGCACCCAAUUAAGAUCCUGGGGGCUGUCAACCAAACAAAGAAACUUUCCUUCUGCAAAACCCUGCUACAGUUAACGUUUCCUUUGUUUCUUCCAUGGAAUAUUCCCACCUAACACUAAAUCCUGCUUCGCUUUGUAAACCCCAAAAUCUUCUUUGUGUAAAUACAAACCCCUGCGGAGUAAUCAAUCAACAACCGUAUCACUUUUCUCACCAUAUCAACCUCAUAAAAAUCCAAUCGUAAAUCUGACUUGUUUCCCCGGUUUUCAAGUCAACCCAUGGCUUCAAUGACUGCCGAUUUAGCUUUCGUCUCCAAUUACCCAAUGGCGAAAGCUUCUUGUAUGGAUUUAGGGAAAAGAGUAUUUGGGGUUCCGGUUUCCCCUCGAAUAAUUUGGUCAAACAGGAGGAAAUUGAAAAGCUUCGCCACGAGGGCUGUUAUGCAGGUUGGAAGCAUCGUAGAAGAAUCGAAAAAGGAGGAGUGUUUGGGUCUUGAUGUUGUGACAGAAACAGAAUUGAGAGAAAAAGGGUUUUUGGGGCUGAGGAAGACGAAGCUUGUGUGCACGGUGGGGCCGGCGUGCUGUUCUUAUGAAGAAUUGGAGAAAUUGGCGUCGGCAGGAAUGAACGUUGCUAGGCUUAACAUGUGUCAUAACACGAGAAUUUGGCAUCAAGAUGUAAUUAAGAAGAUCAAGAAGUUAAACCAUGAAAAAGGGUUUUGUGUAUCUGUGAUGAUUGAUACAGAAGGUAGUCAGAUUCAUGUCGCUGAUCAUGGAGGUCCUUCCUCCGUCAAAGCAGAGGAUGGAUCGAUAUGGUUCUUCACUACUGAAAAAUUCGAGGGUUGUCGUCCUUUCACUGUCCAAGCAAGCUACGAAGGUUUUGCAGAAGGAAUCAAAGAAGGUGACGAACUCGUGGUUGAUGGAGGAAUGGCGACUUUUGAAGUCAUUGAAAGAAUCGGAAACGACUUACGUUGCAAGUGUAUCGACCCUGGUUUGCUUUUGCCUCGAGCCAAAUUGAGCUUUUGGAGAGAUGGAAAACUCGUUGAAAAACAUCAUGAACUCCCAACAUUAUCAACAAAGGAUUGGUCAGACAUCGAGUUUGGAAUCUCCGAAGGCGUUGAUUUUAUUGCCAUGUCAUUCGUUAGAGAUGCGGAUGCUGUAAAACAUUUAAAGAAUUACUUAUUUAACAAAAAUAAAUCGAUUAAGGUUUUAGCUAAGAUUGAGAGUUUGGAAUCACUACACAAUCUUGAAGAGAUAGUGGAAGCUUCGGAUGCAAUAAUGGUGGCAAGAGGUGAUCUUGGAGUUGAAAUACCACUUGAGCAAAUUCCAACGGUUCAAGAGAAAAUCAUCUCCCUAUGUAGGCAACUCAACAAGCCUGUAAUUGUAGCCUCGCAGCUUCUAGAGUCCAUGAUCGAAUAUCCUACUCCAACACGAGCCGAGGUUGCGGAUGUUUCGGAGGCAGUUAGACAAUAUGCGGAUGCGUUAAUGUUGUCUGGUGAGUCAGCAAUCGGAUGUUUUGGAGAAAAGGCGGUUUGUGUGUUGAGAAUGGCGAGCACACGAAUGGAGUUAUGGAGUCGUGAAGAGAAUCAACAGCCGUCUUUUCCACAACGUGAACUUGGAGUCUCGUUGUCUGAUCAAAUUGCUGAGCAGAUAUGCAACUCUGCUAGCCGAAUGGCUAAUAAUCUUGGAGUGGAUGCGGUUUUUGUGUACACGAAACAUGGGCAAAUGGCGUCACUUUUGUCACGCAAUCGGCCGAUUCCCCCAAUAUUUGCGUUCACAAAUGAGGAAAGCACACAAAUGGCGCUCAAUUUGCAAUGGGGAGUCAUACCGAUUUUCUUUGACUUGUCGGAUGACAUGGACGCCAACAUGGCAAAAACGAUUGAUUUGAUUAAAGCCAAAGGGAUGUUGAAAGAAGGGGAUGCGGUGUUAAUAGUUUCAGAUGCUAUUCCAACCGUUUACCAAACACUCCAAGUCAAAGUUAUUUAGUACUUUAUGCGGUUUGUUUUUUUUGGUCAAAUAUGUUGUUUUGAAAAAUGCAAUAUCACAUGGGUUUAUGUUUGUUUUGGAAAAUGGAAAACUUUGUUCUUGGUAGCUGGUUUUAUGUAGUCAAUUGUAGAUGUUUUGUUUAAUCUGGAUCUGAAUGAGAAACUUUGAUUUUGAGUUCAAAAAGUGAGUAGUUUGACUUUGA